UUUUGCAUCUUCCACGUAACUUAGGACUACAACAACAUACACAAAUCGCAAUUAUGAAAAGCAAGCGUGCCAGAGAGGCAGCUGAGACUGCUGAAGCUCCCGCCAACACCAAUGGCGCCGACGAGCCUUCGCUGAAGAAGAGAAAGCACACCGACGACGUUGAUGGUGCCGUCAAGAAGUCGAAAAAGGAUAAGAAGGAUAAGAAGAAGGGUGGUGAGACCAGAAAAGAGAAGAAGGAUAAGCGCAAAGACCUUCAGAACCUUCCCGACAUGGACGAGCCUGAGGAGGAGGAGGCUGAGGCCGUAAAGGAAGACAAGCCUAAGAAGGACUCCAUGGCCGACACCAAUGGCGACGAGUCUGCCAAGAAGAAGGAGAAGAAGGAGAAGAAAGACAAGAAGAAGAAGGAAAAGAAGGAAAAGAAAGAAGCUGAGACCAAGACCGAGAACAACACCACUGCCACAGCCCCCGAGGGCGACAGCAACGGCAUCGACCUCGACGAAAGCACAGCCAAGAAGAACGACCGCCACAUUGUCUUUGUUGGCAACCUUCCCUUCACAGCUACGGCCGCCACAAUCUCUGCGCACUUUGCGUCCCUGUCGCCUAUUGCUGUGCGCUGCCUGACCAACAAGUUUGAGAAGAACAAGAACAUCACCUGCAAGGGCAUCGCGUUUGUUGAGUUUGGCAACGUCUGGUCGCAGCGAACCUGCCUGGACAAGUUCCACCACUCCAUGUUUGAGGACGGCAAGUCUGCGCCGCGCAAGAUUAACGUUGAGUUGACUGCUGGAGGCGGCGGCAAGACACAACAUCGUCAAGACAAGAUCAUGGAGAAGAACAAGAAGCUGGAUGAGAACAGAGCGAAGCGAAUCGAGCGCGAAAAGACUGCCAAGGCGGCGGGCGGUAGCGGAACCACGACACAGCAGCAGCAGCAUAUGGAGGAUAGUAUACACCCUAGCCGUCGUGGUAUUGUGCCUGGUGCAGGAUUCUAG